AUGGCUCUCAACGUAUCCCUAACAUGUUCACUUCAAUUUCCUCAGAAACUAAUAAUUCAACAAUUAAUGCAACAACCUCCUCCAAUGCGACAACCACUCAUUCAACGACUACCGAUGCAACAAGCUAUUGGAAUACCAGUAAUAAAUACUGGGAUAGUUAAUCCCUCGCAGUCUAUUGCAGCAACAGGAGAUAUUGAUAAUAUGAGUCUAUCAGAGGCAAAAUUAGAAAUUACUCCUGAAAAUAAAGGUAGAUUUCAUGGUUAUGUAUCACUUGAUCUACCACCAAAUUAUAAAUAUGAAAAAAGUGGUUAUGCUGCUAUUAGAUCAAAGGUUCGUGGAGUUACAAUAUUUGGUACGCCAAUGUGGGAUACAACUUUAUUUAGAUAUUUAGCAUUAAGAGUAAAAGGAGAUUAUAAAAAAUAUUAUAUAAACUUGCAAACUGAUGGUCCAGUUCAAACUGAUUUGUUUCAACAUCGCUUAUUCCUAAGAAAACCCGGUGAUUGGGAAACUGUCAUGAUUCCAUUUAGAGAUUUUAUUUUGACAAAUCAUGGAAUAAUACAAGAACCACAGAUAGCAAUGUAUCGUGAAAAGGUUAAAACUGUUGGGAUUAGUAUAUUGGAUCAACACGGUCCUUUUAGUAUAGAAAUCGAUUGGAUUAAAGCAAUGAACACUGACACAACCGAUGGUGAUUUUGAUAUGUUGCCCCGUAAUAGAGAAAAACCUGCAUCUGAAUAA